CAUAUUUCGAGGUCAACUUUACAGACAGAAAGAGGGUAUAGCAAUGGGCUCACCAGUUUCUCCGAUUGUAGCGAAUUUAUUCAUGCAUUCCCUAGAAACUAGUGCAAUCGCAAAGAGUUUAUGUCCACCAAAGUUAUGAUUAAGGUAUGUAGACGAUAUUUUUAUUAUCAAUAAACGGGAUGGUAUGGAAGAACUAUUUAACAAUGCAAACAGCAUUUCUGAAAACAAUAAACUAACUAAGGAAUUAGAAUCAGUUGACCACAAACUAGUAUUUCUAGAUUGUUUAGUUGAACGUCGACACAAUAAUAAGAAGUUAAAAAUAAAUGUUUACAGAAAAUCAACACAUUCCGAGAGAUACUUGGAUUUUAAUUCAGCCCAUUCACAGAGCACGAAAAUUAAUGUAGUGAAAAAUCUAAUGAACAGAAGUACUAAGAUUGUUACAGACAAGGAAGAUCAACGAACCGCAUUAAAUAAAGUAUUUUCUACUCUUAGGGAUAACAACUACCCAAAAAGGUUUUUAAAGAAGAUUAUUAAAAAUGAAAGAAAAACUAAACUAGAAAGUAUACGAAAAGAAUGGAAGUACACCGUAGUCAUACCUUACCGGAGUGAAACAUCAGAAGAAAUCAAAUGGAUUCUAAACAAACAUGAUAUAAGAGUGUAUUUUAGAGCGAAUAACACAUUAAGAUCGACAUUAAUGAAAGUUAAGGACAAAUUAGCAAAGGAAGAGCAACAGAACAUUGUGUAUGAGAUUCGCUGUCAUGACUGUAAUGCUACCUAUGUUGGAGAAACAUCCAGGCAACUGAAUGUAAGAUUGAAGGAACACAAACAAUGCUUGAAAAAUGUUCCAAAAUCCUCGGUCGAUUUAAAGAAACUUGAAAAUAAGUCAGCGAUAGCGUUACAUGCGUUAGAAACAGGGCACAAGAUUAAUUUCGAAGGGGCCAAAAUACUUCAGAAAGGUUUUAACACCCAUAAAGAAAGAUUGACAGCAGAAGCGCUGCAUAUAUGGGCGAACAAGAACAGCCUGAACCGAUAAGAUGGUAUUCAACUGGCA